ACUGUUUUAGUCUAUAGAGUGGUGUACUUAUUUUGGCGGGAACAGUUUCUGGGUGGUGGAAAGAGAGGAAGUGUAACUUUAAUCAGUCGAAGAAAAUUGAAGCAAAACAAUGGUGACAGUAGAGGCACUGAACGAACAAUUUGAAAUUUUGGGCUGUAGUGUGAAAAAUGAGGAAGCUUUAAAUAAGUGCAUAGAACUUUGCAUUGAAUUUGGAAAAGAUGAGGAGCAGUUUGUGGAAAUGUGGGUGGCUUUCAGCGUUUCAAAGUUUGGAAAUAUGGACCUUACAUUGGAAGGACUCCAACAGAUGGAACGUGCAGAACGUGUUGAACAAAAAAAAGAAAAGCAGGCUCCAAAACCAGCCACCUUCAUCGCCUCAUCGCAAUUAGAGAUAAUCGAUGAUGACGAAAUCUUGCAAAUGUAUGGCGUCAAGACACCAGUGACACCAAAAACCAAGCGGUUAAGAAGUCCAGAUUUCGGCAGUUCGGGACCAGAAAACAAACUCUUUGCUGUGGAAAGUGUAUCAAGCCUCUCUCCAAGCACUCCAAGUCGUUCCUCAAUAAAAUCAGGACCUGGUAAAGUAUUAGUUUCUUAUGGAGACAAAAUAAAAUCAUGGAAAAACGAGAAGCAUGUUCGUGUUACAAUAAACCGAACUGAUGAUCCCCACGUUCCAAACUGUACAGGGUACAUGUUUGACGUAAUCACUGAUGCAGCCGCCCAACGAGCUGUCGCUUGCAUGAAAUUAGGGAAAAAGGUUUGCAAAAAGUGGAGUAAAAUCCAGGAUGAUACGUUAAUAUGUACGUCGGACGUGAAAAAAGUUUUUCAAACAAAUUUCGUAACUUGGGGUCGGGUUCGCUGCGACAUGCAAGGGAAGCUCAACAAAGUUUCAACAGAAUUGGAAGGUAUUUUCCCCUAUCGUGAUGUGAUUGGAAAUAUGAAGAUCAAGUCGAACGUCGUACCUGUGGAUUUAAGUAAAGUUGCAGAAUAUUCGAUUUUUCCCGGUCAGAUUUUAGCAGUUGAAGGUACAAAUAUAACGGGAAACCUUUUGGAAGCGAAGAACGUCUUUUCUAAUGGAUAUGCUUUACCUUCAGAUGAUCCUAAAUUAAAAAAUGAUAUUAAUAUAAUGAUUGCGGCUGGACCGUUCACGACAAUCGAUGAUUUGAGUUAUGAACCUCUGAUCAACCUUUUGGAUCGAAUAAAGGAGGAAGAACCUCAUAUUCUUAUUUUAAUUGGUCCUUUCGUUGAGUAUACGCAUCCACAAAUUGGAUGCGUACUAAAUCAUCGUACUUGUCAAGACUUAUUCGAUAAAACAAUUCGUACCGUAAUGGAAAGUUUAAAAGGGAAAUGUACUCAAGUAGUAAUUGUAGCGUCCUAUCGAGAUGCUCAUCAUGAACCAGUUUAUCCAACUCCGCAAUACUAUUUGCCUAGGUCAUUGCAAAAUCCAAAUCUUCAUUCUAUGCCAGAUCCGUGUAUGCUUAAUAUUGACGGCCUGACGAUAGGAAUAUCUGCCGUUGAUAUCCUGAAACACCUUGGAAACGAGGAAUUGAGUUCAAAUUCCUUCAGAAUGGGCAAAUUGGGCAGAUUAGCCAAUCAUAUUCUGUCGCAAGCUUGCUUCUACCCACUUUAUCCACCAGCUGAAGAGGUGAACGUUGACACGUAUCUAUGGAAAACAUAUGCUUUUAUGAAACAGCAGCCUCAUAUUUUAAUUUUGCCAUCUGAUAUGGCGUACUUCUGUAAGCCUAUAAACGGUUGUGUAGUUGUAAAUCCGGAACGAUUAUGUAAGCAUUCAUUUGCAAGGAUUUUUAUUCCAAGUAUUUCUAAUGAUCAAAAAUGGGAUCAAAGCCGAAUAAGCUGUGAAAUUUUAAAAGUGUAAAAUCUUUUUUGAAUUUAAAUUAUAUAUAAUGCACAUUUCUGUAUUUGGGUUUAAAUAGAAAAGACUCAUAUACGUUA